AUGCUGGGUGCUGUGAUAGGACGCCGACAAGGUGGCGGACGUGGACAUUCUGGCGAGUACGAUAGAAAGCCCCCCAUGGGAGGACAAGGAGGCCACGGUGGCAAUGGACAACAAGGAGGCUAUGGAUCACAUGAAGGCCAUGGUGGGCCCACCAGGAUUUGGACAACAAGGAGGCCAUGGAUCACAAAAGUGGCCCACCAGGAUUUCGGACAACAAGGAGGGUUCGGUGGUAGCGCAGGCUAUCCCGGAGGCGGAGACCUAGACCUCCGGGGCAAGGAGGUCAUGGUGGCAGCGGUUUUCAAGGUGGAAGACCUAGAAAUGGCGAUUCUGGAAAGAGAGGUACGCAAAGUGAACUCAAUGAACAGAAUUCUCAGGAAAUUUCAAAUUUUUGUCAAAAUAUAA